AUGUUUGUAUUUUGAAACUAUUAAACCUCUCUAAGGACAAAGCUCAUGAGAAGCGUUUCUAAAGAGGAAGUAAAAACUUCUGUGUUUUUUAUUGGCUCAGAUAAAGCUGCAGGCCCUGAUGGAUUUAAUGGGCAUUUCUUUAAAGCAGCUUGGAAUAUCAUUAAGGAUGAUCUUGUUAUCUCUGUCCAGAGGCUUUUUCUUCUGUAAGAUUCUUAAACAAAUCAAUUCUACUGCUAUUUCUGUAAUCCCUAAGACUAGUAAUUCUCAGAGUCUUGAUGACUUUAUACCAAUUUCUUGCUGCAAUGUACUCAAUAAGAUCAUUUCUAAAGUUAUUACAAACAGACUUAGUCCCUUACUUAUUGGUUUGAUAUCCCCUAAUCAUUAUGUUUUUGUUCCUAAAAGAUCUAUUGAUGAUAAUAUCAUGCUAGCUCAUGAAUUAGUUAAGAAUUAUCAUAUCAAUAAGGAUUACCCCAGAUGUCUUAUCAAAAUUGACUUAAGAAAGGCUUAUGAUUCCAUUUCUUGGGAUUACAUAGAGGAAGUUAUGAUUAUGUUAAUUUUCCUGAUGAUUUUAUCACUCUCAUAAUGAAUUGUGUCAAGACUCCUAGCUACUACAUUGCCUAGAAUGGUAAAAAAUGGGAGGUCUUCAUUUCUGGGAAAGGGUUAAAGCAAGGGGGUCCCAUUUCCCCUUUGCUCUUUGUGAUUUGUAUGAAGUAUUUGUCUAGACUUCUAAGUACCCCUAGUCAUGAGUUUAAAAUUUCAUCAAGGUUGUGGGUCUCUUAAUAUCAACCACUUAAUGUUUGCUGAUGACUUGAUCUUGUUCUGCUAUGGUGAUGUGAAGUUUGUUACUUAUCUUAUGAAUUGUAUCCAGGCUUUUAAAGACACCUUUGGUCUACAUGUGAAUAACAAUAAAAGUCAUGUAUUUUUUUGCAAUGUGGAUGAUAAUGUUAGAAGUAAUAUCAAAAGGAUUCUGAGCUUUGAAGAGGGAACCCUUCCUUUAAGAUAUCUAGGGAGAGUGCAGCUUAUACAAUCUGUGCUGAUGAGUAUGCAAUUUUUCUGGGCCUCUAUUCUUAUUCUGCCUAAGAAAGUUAUCAAAAAAAUUCAGAAAAUUUUCUCUAGAUUAUUAUGGUCUGGUAAAGCUGAUGGUAGAAACAAAGUUAUGGUAGUUUGGAAAGAAAUUGAAAAACUCAAAAAAGAAGGGGGCUUAAAUAUUAAAGACAUGGAAAUGUGGAACAAACCUGCUAAUUGCAAGCGUGUGUGACACAUUAUGAAUGAUCCUAACUCUCUUCGCGUCAAAUGGAUUAAAAGCAAUAAGUUCAAAAAGACUAGCUAUUGAGGAGCUAAGAUUGAUAAUCUUUCUAGCUGGAUUUGGAAGGGCCUGUUCAAUAUUAGAGAAGAGGUGAGCAAAAUUUUUGAGUACAAAAUGGGUAAUGCGAAAAUUACCAUGUUCUGGUGUGAUCCCUGGAUUUAUGGCUGCUCCCUCAUGGAAAAGUUCCCUAGAGUAAAAAUGAGAGGUUCAUGGAUUCAAAAAAAUGCUACGGAGAUUUGGAAAGAUAAUUCUUGGGCCUUAUCUGACCAUUGUUUUGAUAACAAGAAGGCUUGGAGCUACAUUAGAAGUAAUUGCAAAAUCAAUGAUGGUAUUCAAGAUUCUGUCUAUUGGAAAGUUCUGAAAAGAGAUAAAUUUUCUAUAAGUAAAACUUGGGACAUCCUUAGAAGACACUGUGAUGAAGUCCAUUGGCACAAGAUUGUUUGGGGUAUAAACUCUAUUCCCAGGUAUAAUUUUACUCUUUGUCUAGCUAUAAAAAGAAGGUUAAAGACUAAAGAUAAUCUUAAGAAGUAAGGGAUUAUAAAUGAUGAUUGCUGUGAUAUCUGUAAUAAAUUAUUGAAUCUCUAGAUCAUUGUCUUUUUAUUUGUGAGAUUGCUAACAAUAUUUGGAGGAAAAUCCUGCCUGUCUGUGGUUGUAAUGUUGUUAUUAGAUCCUGGAGCAGAUUUAUUAGCUGGUUCUGUAGGAAAGCUAAGGGGAAGAGUAAAUUGACCAUUAUUCGCAUAACAGUUAUCACUACUACUGUCUAUGUUUUGUGGACCACCAGAAAUAAAAAAAAUUCAAGAAAGAAGACUCGAGCUCAUAUCAGAUCAUCACCAAAAUCAGGGGUUUGUUGCUUGAUAAAUUCAGUGAUGCCAGAGGGCUUCCUACUGAGUUUAUUUAUAAUGAUAGAGCUUUAUAAUGUUUCUUGUGUUGGUUGGUUGUCCUCGAGACUUUUAUAACAGUGACUAUCAUCCUUCUUUUUUGUCUUUUGAUUUUUUUAACUUGGAGGCCUAAAGCUUUCGUAUCAGAUUCUUCUUUACUUUCUCUCUUUUGAGUGUGUUGGUUUGCUUUUGGCAGGUCCCUGAGGUUUUUGUAUUAGGGUCUUGCCUUUAGCUUGUUUUCCUGCUAUUUGGUUAGGGGUUUUUAGGUAGUUUUUUUCUUUUUUGUUCAGCUUAGGGAUAGCCCUGAGGUUUCUGUAAUAGGAUCUAUUCUCCUCUACUGUUUGAGCUUUACUUGUUGUAAUCUCAUUUGAUGUUUAUCAAUUGAGCUUUUUUGGUCUUUUUACCAAAAAAAACCUCUCUAAGGACGGGAAUAAAGGGUCAUAUUCAAA